AUACAGCCGGAAAAAUUGGAAUGCCUUAUGCAACUGUUGGAAAUUGCCGGAGGACCGACCGACACAAGAACGGAGACAACAACCUUCUUACAAGAUGCGUACGAAAAUUCUGGUUCUCGCCGUCUUCUUGGCUAUCGCAGCCUCAGCGUUCGCGGAUAAAAAGAUCGUCUGCUACUAUGAGAGCUGGGCGAAGGACUAUCCCGGCCAGGGCAAGUACCCAAUCACCUAUCUCAACGUGAAACUCUGCACCCACGUGAUUUACGCCUUUGUCGAGGUGAAGGCUAACGGAGAGUUCAUAAUGCCACAAGACGUGUCCGAUCUGGUGCAUUUCACCAAAUACGUGAAAAGCAACGGUGCCAAAGCUCUGCUUUCUGUCGGCGGGGCCUCCGAGAAUUCGAAAACGUUCUCUAAUAUCGCCGCGAACCCGGCAUCGCGUUCUCAGUUCGUGAAGAGCGCGCUCCAUCACGUACAGAUGCACAACUUCGACGGGCUGGACGUCGACUGGGAGUAUCCGAAUCAAAACGGUGGCAUGAAAGCUGACAAGAAUAACUUCGUUACAUUGUUGAGAGAACUGAAAAACGCAUUCGCCAGCCACCAUUGGCUCCUCAGUGCCGCUGUCGGCGCCGAAAAAGGUUCCGCCUCGCAAUCUUACGAGAUCCGAGAGGUCGCGGCACAGUUGAGCUUCAUUAACGUUAUGACCUACGACUUCAACGGAUACUGGAGCGGUUAUACCGGCAUGAAUUCACCGCUCUACGCAUCUCCUAAAGAUGGAGACAACCAACUGAAUGUUAACGCUAGCAUUCACUAUUGGCUCAGUCAAGGUGCCCCUGCCAACAAGAUCAUCGUUGGUGUGCCAUUCUUCGGAAUGACCUUCACCCUGAAGAACAGCAAGAACCACGGUGUUCAUGCUCCCACGUCCGGCCCCGGGAUCAAGGGACCAUACACUAAUGACAAAGGUAACAUUGGCUAUAAUGAGAUGUGCGUAGAUCUGAAGAAGGGUGGAUGGACAGUAGUUUGGGACCGUAAGGAAGACGUGCCUUACGCGUACAAGGGUAACCAGUGGGUCAGCUACGAUAAUCCCAGUUCGAUUAAGCAAAAGGCUGCAUACGCCAAACAUUACAAUCUCGGUGGUGUGAUGAUCUGGAGCGUUGACACCGAUGAUUUCCACGGUAACUGUGGUCCCAAAAACGCACUUCUCAAAGCUGUCAAUGCUGGUUUGAAGCAUUAGAUCGAGUUGCAUUAUCUGGAUGGAUCGAGGGCGCUGUUUGUUACUGAUGUCGACGACGAGAUAUAUGCACAACUGUAGAUGUUCAAACAAAACGUUAGAAUAAAAUAUAAGAACAGGUCAGAGGGUUUAACGAAUAAAUAAAGUAUAUAAAAAGAAUAAA